UGCCUAACGCUUUUGUGACUACGACAGCUCCUCCUGCUACAAAAACUGUCGUCGUUAUACGGCGCUGCGCAACGCCAAAGACAGAUGCAGAGCGUCCAUCAACGUGUCGCGUCGGAAAAGCUGGACCUCUGGCGGCGAUUUCAUUGUUGCUGCUGCCGGCUUCAACCGAGAGUGACCAUAUUGAGCCAUGGGCACCAUGCAAAGACGCUGCUGAUAGUGCGGCAAGCAAUAUCUGCGCCUAAACCUUUGCUACAUUACAUAGCCAAAAAGUUAACCUAUGCCAUGGAGUCGCGGAGUUAGUCAAGACGGUUGCUUCGCUAAUUGCAGCAGCGAUGACAGCUAUCGCAGUAGUUGUGCUAGAAGCGUUUCUUGUCAAAGUGCAGGACGACUAGGUAGGGAAAAGUGCGCGAACGAACGGGCAAAUAAAUAUUCUCUUUGGUGCUGCCUUGGCUCGAACGACUAUCGAAAGCGGUGGAGUAAAAGAUGGGGCAAGCAGCUCAAGGAGAACCGAUUCAAGAAACGCUUCGUCCAUGGUUGGAAGCCUGCAACGGCUAUGGUGAUGGGGGUGGUCAUCGGCAUAACAGUAGCGCUUCCGGUACUGCGGUUCGUGAAUUGUGAAUUCUGUGUCGUGGUCAAGUCGCGUGCGGAUAAAUGGACCUGCAGCAGCGCAAACUAAUUGCCUCUUUGGCCUGUUAACAGAGUUUGCGCUCGGACUGAAGAAUGGAGUAUGACUAGAACGAAGUUACUAAUUAAAGAUACAGCAGAAAAACUAGGAGGAACAAUAAACGGAAGUUCGCGAUGACGACAAUUGCAACUACACCAUGAAUGAUAAGAACUUAAUUGCGUGACUUAAAUCCGCAUAUAUAAUAUCGAUGUGGUGUGAAUUGUGGCACGUGUGCUGACACAACGAGAUAUAUAGAAGAAAGGGUCUUGUCAGGAUAACCCGAUCAAAAUGAUGUGUUACAGUGAAGACUUGAUCGUCGAAUGGAAUGUGGCGCUGUGACGCUCAUAGCUGUAUCUGGUGGUGAGGAUCUGGCAGUAGUCCGAUGAUGUGUAGAUCCUGAUUGCGCUAAAUUAAGACAGAUGUUCGAAAAAUACUGCUGUUAUAAGCAUAAAAACGAGAAUACAGUCGAUUUUCUUAGUUAGCAUUAAGUCCAUUAACUUCGACGCUUAGAAGAAGUAGCGGAUGCACCGAGAGGAAACGAACGAGAGAGAACGCUCACGUAUAUCGCGCGUGUACUGUGUUCAAGAUGCGAUUGAAACUGGAAUCUGAGCGUUCGAUUUUCGCUCACAGCUUAGUCUGCUCUAAGAGCGGUUAUGUUUCAAACUAUCUGUAAAGUCUUCAGUAACCAAGUAGAUAAUACAGAUGGCAAUUAUUGCAAAACGAACCCAAGGAAAAUCAACAUGCAGCAUUUAAUUUUCACUGAUGAUGGUAUCACGUUUAUCCAUGUACAGUCAGUUCUCGCACCUGCACCACUUCCACUCACUGGAAAAACUGACUAUAUAUAUGUAUAUGCUUGAAAGCAGCAGCGAAUAAGUAUGACUUCUGCCGCUGCUACAAUAGCGAGGAAGCGGCCAGUGACAACGGCGAGCGCAGAAAGACAUUCGAAACAAGGAGCACUGCUCUGUUGCAUAUACGCGUAUAAAUUCAGACUGACACGUGAACAGUAUUGCGUACAGACAGAGUAAAGCAAAGACUUGCGCGUCAAUCAUUGACCAUCGCAGCGGCAGCGAAAGAACGAUAGGACGCCAACAAUGGGAGUAGGCAAUUCGUGCCAUUGAGCACAACAGCAUAUAUUGAAGCAUUGGAUCGCUUCUAGGCUAAGCUUGGUGUCCAAAAAAAGCAAUAAUAGCAGUAACCGGAGCGCUACGAACAAAAACAACAAGGGUGUAAGCGGUCGUCGCAGUCAGCCGCGACCAGCCGUUCGCGCGCGUAAGAUGUUACGCAAAUUGCUCUAUUAUGGCGAACGCCCAGCGUCGAUGCAGCGAAACGCCUCAAGUCCGCUGUUCUCGACCACGAGCUCCCGAAAGGGCUCAACCAUUGAGGACAAAUGGUCCCGGACGCCAGCCUUGCUUCAGGUGUCCUACGCCCCGUUGGCGAUGGCCAUGGACCCCAACUCGUACACGGUUUUCUUAGCGGAUCACUCGUUUAUGAGUUUACUCGACCUUGAUCAGGGCAGAACAAUAACGAAGGGUCAGUACGCGCCUAACAUGAAUCGCAUAAACCCCGCGUCUGUAAACGCUGAAUGGAAUCACACCGAGAAGGGUCUUGUGAUUUUGGCAUCUGGCAGUGCUCUUUAUUUCGUGCGUAGCACGAACGAUUCAUUGACCGUUGAACACAUUAAGCGAGCCGCACACAAACGGGCAAUUACCGAUGUCGACUGGUGUCGUGGGACACCCAUGUUUGCGUCCGCUGGUCAGGAAGAAUACACAUAUAUUUGGGACUGUCGAACAAUGCAACGGCCCGAGAUCGCCUUCAACUCACUGGUGCCGUCGAGUCGGGCGAGAUUUAACAAGUUGAACGCCAACGUCAUCGCAUCGACCCACGAUAAUGGUAUUUACCUGUGGGAUAUACGACAGCCCCGAAAUCCGAUCAUGCUUGUGGGAGGGCAUUUAUCGCGUGUGUACAGUAUUGAUUGGUCACCAGCUAUGGAGCACUGGCUUGUGUCGUCCAGUCAGGACAGUACCGUUAAGUUAUGGGACUGCAACAACUCUGCUGGUUCUGGGGCGAUCAUUGACAAGCAUAUUCUUGUUGAGAAUCCCGCCUGGAUGGUGCGCUUCAGUCCACUCGGUGAUUCGUUGCUCAUGUGCUAUGAACGAAGCUCGAACCCUAGCGAAGAUCUGCAGGGAUUAGCGGUGUGGAGUGUGCGAUCCGGAAAACAUGUCCAUACCUGGAAUACGGGAAGUCCAUUUAUCAAGGUGGCCACGUCGAAUCUAAGCAAGGUGAAAGAGUGUCGCCUAGUUGCACUGAUGAAAAAUGGUUUCUUGCAAACGUCCGUUCUCUACCCGAUGAUAAGCAAUUCGUCGUCAGAUCAUCUCGAUAACAUUUCGUUGCACGACGAUAACCGAGAUAAUCAGUCUCUCGAAGAGGAGUUCAACAAUUUGCUGAAUGACAAACCUCCGAACACCGAGUUAGUAAAAUUGGAUGCCAUGAAAAGGAUGUGUCUUAUCCUCAUCACGGUCUGCCUUUACGAGAUAGAAAUUACACUGACAUUUCCGAAGGAUUAUCCGAAAAAUGUACCACCGACCUUCUCGUUCUCAAAGGGUUCAGCUUUGCAGAGCUCAAUCAAAGCCAAACUGCAGAAGGUGCUGCGAAUUACAUCGACUCAACACGUGAGCCGAAACCAGCCCUGUCUAGAGCCCUGUCUCAAGCAACUUAUUAAAACGCUCGAGUCAAUCAAAGCGUUGGAGACGACCAACAAGGGCGACGUCGAGACCGAUGCCCCAAAGCUACCUCCGGUGCCCGUGAACAUCUAUGGUGGCGAGCAGGACUCAUCAGUUCCUUUCCCACGAACAUCAGGAGCCCGUUUUUGCGGGGCGCAUUUUCUCGUCUGCUUCACUCGGCCUUCAUACAUUCAAAAGAACCAGAGAGAAAGCGAGGUGACGCCGAGAAGCUUAUCUGCUCUAGGCGCAUACAUUAAGGCGCACAGAAAUCCGUUGAAUCCGCGAACCGGUUCAAGUUCAUUAUAUCCAUCGUUUGUAGCUAAGAACGAAAGAGAUGUGACGAUUUCAUCGUACUAUUAUCGCGAGCCUCGGAAGAAGGGUCGAAGAAGACUGCAAGGCCUGACCCCACCAGCCCUGGAUAAAAUUCAUGUACCAUCAGCAGCCGUACUUAUCUACAGCAUGCCUGGCGUACUUCCAGUGUGUUACCAGCUGGCUUCGAAGUAUAAGUUAAGCGUUGCCGACCCACUGGACGCUUGCAGGCACAAUCUUGAGGUUGCCAAGGAGUGCCGUCGCAGUGAUCUCGUUCAAGUAUGGACUCUUGCCGCACAAAUUGUUGAAAGUCAACUCCAACAACAGCGAGGUACAUUGUGCGGUUCGGAGCUACCCUGGCCAAUGCAUGUCUUCGGCAGGCAAUUGGCCGAACACCUUAUCGAUCGAUAUUUGAGGCUCUAUGAUAUCCAGACGGUAGCAAUGCUUUGCUGCGUUUUUGGUGAAGUUGUUCGCAGGCAAAAGAGCCGAAGGGGUUACACUGGCGAGGUAGCCGUAGCUGAAGGCACGAGCCAUCCUGAGAGAAAAAAUAGCGAUAGAAGUAGCAACGUCCUCAAGAAGACCUGGCAGAAGAUGAUUAACGCUGGCGGGUCUCCAUAUAACAGUAUUACAGGGAGCUCGCCUCAGGCUCAUGCCGGUAUUCCAGCUGCAUUUCUCAGUAGUAGACUAGGAGGCAAAAAGGAUUCAGCAAAGGAUCUAGUUGCUCUUGAAGCGUCUGCGGUAAUAGGCGACGAAGCUGUUGCCGUCGCUGGCCUUGAGCCUUUAAUAACCGGCGUCUCGUACGGCCAAGAAGAGGAUACUUUCCUUCUUAACCCACAACAAAUGACUAGGUACGAUCAGCUAAAACAGCACUACGCUGAACUUCUAUAUAAAUGGAACCUACUGGAACAGCGUUGCCUUGUCCUUAAUCACAUUACGACACAACGUGGUUUCCGAGAACCGUACGACGUUCAGUUCAAAAAACGAUGUGCGACUUGUGGCGUGGACACAGAGGAUGUUACAUGCGUCAAAUGCCGGCAACUGGUCUUCCGUUGCACAAUCUGCGAGUUGGGCGUUCGUGGAAGUAGCUUCUUCUGUUUGGUCUGCUAUCACGGCGGACAUAGCGAGCAUAUGCGGGAUUGGUUUCUGAAGAAGCGGUUCUGCCCAACGGGUUGUGGGUGUGAUUGUCUUUCGUAUAUUGGUAACGAAGUUGUGUAGCAAAAAAAAAAAAAGAUUUUGAAAUAAAUCCCAAACAACUCUACCUCUCUGAAAGGUAGUAGCAGGGAUGUAUAAUUAAGGUGCUGAUGAUCCUCAAAAAAACAAAGGACACGUGAAGUAUGCACUUGACAUACGAAAAGAAGGCAAAAAAAAGUAACUCGACAAGGCAAUAGAGACCAAAGCGAAACUAGGCACGAACACGCUGAUGACGCCAUUCACCGAUAUAAACGACUCGCAGGGUAUAAAUGAAACUAUGUAAACAUGUGAAUGUAUGA